AAAGUUGAAGGUCGUCCCUAGCAUGACUGCAGGCGAUAAGUUGUCAGGUGUGCAGCAGCUGUUAUCGACGAGGAGCGUAAUAUCAGAUAUUAAACACUCAAUCGCUAUCAAGUGUGAAAACAUCUUGAGAUCUCCGGAGGAAAAUAUUAACUUACUUAGAGACAUUAUAAAGACUUUUGAAUCUGAACAUUUCCGAAAACUCAGACAAAUUAGGGCUUUGGUUAUUGCCUCUUUGUGUGUCGUUUUCAAGGACGUGCUACCUGCUUACCGCAUACGACCUGCUACUGAGAAAGAAAAGUCUCAACCGACUAAAAAAGAAACUAGGAAAAUAUGGUAUUAUGAGGAACACUUACUUUUAAAUUACCGGAAGUAUACUGAAUUGCUCAGAGUUAUCCUAAGAGACAAGUGUUUGGACAUGAAGUCUCCUCGUUUGAAAAUAUACUCAAAAUUGGAUUGGAAUGAAAACGAAAAGCUAACUGCCAUAAGGUGCGUCUGUCAGCUCUUAGAAAGUCAUCCAGACUUCAACUACAGCAAAGAGUUAAUAGAAGUUUUACCCCCUUACCUCAACAUUACAAGGACGCAGGUUUCUUCACUGAUAAUAAAGACUCUGAAUAACAUGUUUGAAAACGAUACUGAUCGAGACGUUACUCUAACGAUCUGUCGUACCAUUCAUCGCUUUUGUCGGUCAAAGUCUUAUAAAGUUGGAGUCUCCGUCAUUAAGGCUUUGUCCUGUGUCUCUAUUACAGAGGUCGAACGCCAUGAAGAGGAAGGAAAGCCUAAGCUCGAUAGGCGUCUACGUUCACGGCGUGAAAGAAAGGAGUCCAAAAUGGAGCGCAAACUUCAGAAGGAGAUGGCUGAAACCCAGUCCCUUCAAACAAGAGAAAAACGUCUGAAAAUGAACACCUUGGUUAUGAAUGAAGUACUGUUUGUUUUCUUCAAAAUUUUGAAAACAACAUCUGACUCUGAACUUUUGUCUGCCAUUUUCAAAGGAUUAUCUAAAUACGCCAAGUUAAUCAACACACAGUAUGUUGACAAUCUUAUGUCUGUUCUAAAUGGGAUGGUAGCAAAAAAAUCAACCAGCAUUGUGGAUGGUCUACAUUGUGUACAUACAGCUUUGUCUAUCAUAUCGUCAUCUGAUGCGUCUGAUGUUCUCACUACAGAUCCUACUACAUUUUGUAAUCAUUUAUACACUAUCCUGGGACGCAUCGCGGGCGUCGGUGUGAGUAAUAUAACAGAGAGUGACAAUGCAGUUUCUCACUUAUCUUCCAUAAUCAAAGCCUAUGAUCGCUCGAAUACCCCAGCUGCACAAGCUGUUGCCAAUCUUGUGCAACGAUCUAAAAUCACCGAAAGUUCGAAUAAAACUACAUGUUCAGAUGAAACCACUUCUGUUACUGCCAGUAUAAGCAAUAGGAUUAGUGCGUACGAAAUGGAACAUAUCUCAGAUACCCUUAUAUCUUGUUUAAAUAUGCUUCUUGUGAGAAGAAAACAUGAGGUUUCAACCAACCGAAUCCUCGCAUUCUCGAAGCGUUUAUCUAGCGCAGCUUUGGCAGUAUCAGAUCCAUACUGCUCCAGUUCCUUGCUUAUCAAGCUUUUCCAUCUUCUUCGGCUUUUUCCGCGUUGUGAAAUUCUAUUCGACUGUGAUCCAGAAAUAUGCAGUAACUAUAAACCAGAUGUAAAUGAUCCAGAAUUAUGCUUUCCUGCCAGCGCAUGUUUAUGGGACCUACUUCUAUUAAAAAAGCAUUCUAAUCCCGUGGUAAGAAGUUUUGUUUAAACAGUAUUUUCAGUCAUAUUAUUUGGCUGUUAAAUAUAUUAUCCUAAUGAAUUCACAGUUCGGUGAUUAAUAAAUCUACUAGAGCUGAAUUGUCAGUCUCUCGGUUAUUAUUUCAAACAUGGAAAAACAAUGUAGUCUUUAUGUCACGAUAGCUUCCUAUGGAACAGAUAUAACCAAAUCCACAGAGUCAAAUUGUUCGGUAGAUUUCAAUCUAAAAUGGUAGUGUUGUUUAUUUAGCAUAUAUAUCAUGUAUAUACACCAAACUUACUGAAUUACACUUAGGUUUUUUAAAUAGUAUUCGACCACACUAUCAUUUGAUAAAGUACUUAAACUAUUGACCCUGAUUUCGGAUCUAGUGAGCAGUUGUCAUCCAUUCAUGCUUGACCAAAAUUUCCAUAUGUUCUGUAUAAAUAAUAAGUGAAUUUGAAAACCCAGUCUACCUUAAAAAAAGUUGUACUUUCUACUACGGGGUUAUUUAAGAGCCCUAAUUCAUACGUAACUUUUAGUUCGACUUAUUCGAUUUUCUUACGGAUUAAUACCACGCUGCAUUCCCACGAUCAUUUGCUCGAUUGAAAUCUACCAACGAAGUAGUCAAUAUAUAUAAAACUGCUAAACUAACAGAUUAUGACCUGUAGUUAUUUUACUUUGUUAAUUUUGAAUGGUCUUUGGAAUUUCCUUAUCAUUUCAUAACAGUUAGUCAAUUAUACAAAUGUGCCUUAGCUCUAGUUGUCCCACUGCAUCAAUACGACGAAAUGAAAUCAACGUAAUGAGUAGCAAAGGAGUCAAGAUCAUCGUAGUAGUAAUGAUAGUAACAAACGCUAAACAUUUUGAACGGUGUUCGAGAAGUGUUAUAACUUGUGACCGCCGAUUAGAGAGCGGUGACUUAUCGAUCGGAACAAUGACGCGUAAACACGUGCGAGCAGUCUAGGGUUCUGAUUGGCCCUGCUUUCCGCUUAGCCCAGCCAGAUAAGUACAGAACACAAGUCUCAGCCUCUACGAUAUGAAUCAUUAUAUUUCAAACAUACUCUGUUUAUAUACCAAUCAAGCAGACCACAUCGUACCAUAAAAUAGAAAAUAACAUUUGGCCAACAGGAAAAUUACACGUGAAAUAAGUAUUGACCAGUAGGAAAAUGAUACGUGAAAUAAAUAUUGACCAAUAAGAAAAUGAUACCAUCUGAAGUCCAAGGAUAGCAUUAGACUUAACAGAAUAAUUUUUGGGAUAUUUUUCUGAAUAUCCCAACAAGAAGUUUGUUAUUUAUUCUUAGAACUUAUGGCAUGUCAUGUAUUAUUUCAUAUUCUUCUGGUUCAUUGUCUUUCAAAAUACUUUUUUAUAGGUAAAUCAACUAGCUAAUUUAAUUAUGCAAUGGGGAAACGAUGUUUGUGUUGGGGGGAUAGGAGUUACUUCGACAAAACAGUACAUGCUACAUAUCGAUGGGAGACAAGUUUCUUUAGACCAUCUAACGCAUCUGUCAUCUGAUGAUCUCCGUAUUGAAUUAAAGACGCUUAUCGAGAAAGACAUUAGCGUUCCUGAAAUACAAUCCACAAAACAAAUAAACACUUCCGACUUCCAGUUAUCGGAUUCAUUCAUAAAAUAUUUAUCAGAAUAUGAUCUAACUUCAGAUGUUGAGCCACCAGCAAAGAAAAUGAAGUCAUUAUAAUAUUUUAAAUUAAGCUAGUAUUCCUGUAAAGUUAAGCGUACUGGAUGACGCUUGAAUAACUCCUACUUUUUCAUAUACACAAUAAAAUUACCAUAAAAUGUGAAUCAAUUUUACUUGACAAAAAUAAACACAAAAUAACAGGCUGG